AUGCUGAUCACUGAUCUGUUCACUGGACAGGAGGAGAACAUCUGUCUGCACUGGGCGGCACUGUCGGGUUGUGAUGACAUCGUCCAGGCUUUGCUGGAGUCUCUGUGCGACCUGAAUGCCGUCAACAUUCAUGGUGACACGCCUCUUCACAUCGCUGCCAGGGAGAACCACCUGGAGUGUGUAAUGUUGUUUUUGUCUCGUGGUGCUGAUGUAACUAAGAGGAACAAGGAGGCAGACACAGCUCUGGAGCUCAGCAUCUGCGGUUCGAAGGUGUGGAUUGCCCUGAGCACCAACAAGAAGCUAACAGAAGCUAGGAGAGGACGGGACUGUCAAGGAGAAAGACUGCUCAGCAGGGAUAUUUCUCGAGGCUACGAGGCCGUUUCUAUCACUUGUGUUAAUGGAGUUGACAGUGAGCCAUGCCCUGACAACUUUAAAUACAUCCCAGACAGCUGUGUCACAUCCCCUCUGAAUAUAGACAAAGACAUCACUCACUUACAGCACUGCAGCUGUACAGACGACUGCUCCUCCAGCACGUGCAUGUGCGGCCAGCUCAGCCUGCGAUGUUGGUAUGACAGUGAAGGCCGACUCCCUCUGGACUUCUGUCACUGGGAGCCUCCAGUGCUGUUUGAGUGUAACCAUGCCUGUUCCUGCUGGAGGACCUGCAGGAACCGUGUUGUUCAAAACGGACUCAGGGUCCGACUGCAGCUCUUCAGGACAGAGAAUAUGGGCUGGGGAGUCAGGGCCACACAUGAUAUACCUCAAGGGACAUUCAUUUGCGAAUACGUUGGAGAGAUCAUCACUGAUUCAGAGGCUGACAAACGAGAUAAUGAUUCAUUCCUCUUCACUCUGGACAAUAAGGUUGGGGAGGUCCACUGCAUUGAUGCGAGACUCUUCGGCAACAUCGGCCGUUUCAUAAAUCAUCUGUGUGAGCCCAACAUGAUGGCUGUGAGGGUGUUCACCAUGCACCAGGACCUACGCUUCCCAAGGAUAGCCUUCUUCUCCAGCAGGCCCAUCAAUGCUGGGGACCAGAUUGGGAUUGACUACGGCGACAGCUACUGGAGGGUAAAGACAAAGUGCUUCAGCUGUCAGUGUGGAUCUGUGAAGUGUCGUUACUCGGCUGCCAACACAUAGAACCUUCCAGAUGAUCUGCUGUCCAUCCAGCUGGAUCUCUCAACAGAUAGUACCUUCAAGAUGACCUG